CCUUGUUCGCCAACUUUUUUGAUCGCUGCUUACACAAAAAUAAAUUACGUUCAUUUCUUCAUAAAUAAUGGCAGUACCAGCAUCGUGCAAGGACAGGAAAUGGCUUUCUGUGGCUGCCACAACCACAGACACCGGCGCUGAAACUGCCACAACCGGAGACAGCUCCGACUUGGAAACCAAAGCUGUGUCGUUCACUGUUAUGACCUACAACCUUUUAUGCCAAAAGCUGGUCCGGCGCGAUCUCUUCAAAUACGCCAGCAAAAACAGCCUGCGGUGGAAGCCACGCAAGGACCGGUUGGCAGAAGAAAUCGGCCACCACAACACCGACAUAAUGUGUCUGCAGGAGGUAGGUCCCGAUGAAUGGCUGCACAUUCUCGCGCCGCAGUUCAAGCGUAACAGCUACGACUCGCGCAUCUUCCAGAGCCUAAGCAAAUCGCACGGUGUUGUGGUCGCAUGGAAGAAGAGCAGGUUUUCUUUGGUUGAAGAAGCCAGUGUUUCCAUGGAUCGGACGAUGGAGGUGUGCGGGGAGGUGCUGAAUACGGAUAAUGUCGCCCUGGUGGUCGUGCUCAAACUCGGUGCAGAGAAACCCGCUGAUCCGAAUGCAAGUGAGGUUGCAUCGGAGCACUGCGCUAUGCCGGGCGAUGGUGCGAGGCCGGCGGGCGUCAUUGUGUCCAGCACCCAUUUGUUCUGGCGGCCGGCCGCGUGCUACCAGAGGCUGCAGCAGCAGGUAGCUCUUUUGCGCGCCAUACGCGCGAUGCAGGACAAAUACCCCGGGUACCCGGUCAUCUCAUGCGGCGACUUCAACACUACCCCGGAUGACGCCGGCUACGAUCUUUUGACGAAGCCGCGCCCUGUGUCUCUGAGUGAAUGGCAGCUAGACAAUCUCCUGCCAUUGCACGCAGACAGCAAGGAUAGCGAUGAGGAUGGCGAUGACAAGAACCAAGAGGCCGAUGGAUCACAUGCGAGCACCAACGUAUUUAGCUACGCCAACGUGGCUGCUGUGGGCACAGCCGCGGAGUCCAAAGAUAUGGCGAGGAAACGCCGCAAGCUGGAGGAGCAAGAGCGGCUGAUUGACGACCAGCUUCAGCGCGAUACUAAGCUGGUGCAAAACCUGGUCACGGCCAUUCAGGCGGAUAACCAGCCGAUGCGCAGCUGCUACGACACUUACGCUGACCUGGAUCCCUCGUACCGCACCGACCAGUGGAAGGGCGAGCCAAUCUACACGAACUACACGUCGUGGAAGGGAACCCUGGAUUAUAUUUUCUACACGCCCGGACUGGGCCUUGAGGUACGCAAGAUCUUGUCGCUGCCGGCCGAAAGCCGCUUGAAACCGGGCUUGCCUAAUGAGGUGUUUUCCAGCGACCACGUGUCGAUACUUGCACGCUUUGACUUUAGCCCGCCUUGCACUAUCAAACCCGCUACAGAGAGAUAAUUGGCUGUUUAUUUCCCGGCUAUCAUCGUGAUAUUGUCUGAGCUCGAUAAUCUUCCUAAUCUCUUCUCCACCCAAAAAAAUGGUUUGGCCCGUGCGUGUGAAUAAGGCGCAAAUAGAUUGUGCGUAAUUAAGCUCUCACCUUCUUCUCCAUUUU